GGCACCCACCUGCUCUUGGAACCAGUGGGCUCGGGGGAUCCAGUGAGCCAGGGCUGGGCCCUCCUGUCAUCUGCUCUGGUAUCCUGAAGUGCCUAUGAUGGAUGCGGGGAAAGAGCAGCUGCAGCAGGAUGAGGGGUUGGUGCUGGUGCGCCGGAAGCCCCCUGCUCCCCAGGGCCUGUGCCAGAAACUUGAGGGCCAUCUUCGGUGGCAGAGAGAGUGCAGCCUGCAAGGUGCCUGGGCCCUGCUGCAGAUGCUGGUGCCUGUCAUGCAAUGGCUGCCACGCUACCAGCCCCGGAAGGACCUGGCUGGCGACGUGCUGUCUGGGCUGGUCAUCGGCAUCAUCCUCGUGCCCCAAGCCAUCGCCUACUCCCUGCUGGCCGGGCUGUUGCCAAUCUAUAGCCUCUACACCUCUUUCUUCGCCAACCUCAUCUACUUCCUCCUGGGCACUUCACGCCAUGUGUCUGUAGGCAUCUUCAGCCUGCUAUGCCUCAUGGUGGGCCAAGUGGUGGACCGCGAGCUCCUUCUGGCUGGCUUCAACCCUGUGGCUGCCAUGGAAGGCCCAGGGCAGAACCUCAGCACUCACAACAGUUCCGCAACAGCUCUGGAACCCCAGCAAUGCGGACGGGAUUGCUAUGCUAUCCGCGUGGCCUGUGCCCUCACGCUGAUGACUGGGAUCUAUCAGGUCUCAUGGGCCAUCUUCCACCUGGGCUUCCUGUCCACCUACCUGUCAACAGGCACUGCUGAACGGUUUGCUGCAGGCGCCUCGUUGACCAUCCUGACCUCACAGCUCCCGAACAUGCUGGGCCUACAGUUACCCCGCCACCAAGGCCCCGCAUUGUGCCCCGCACAUUGGCUCAGCCUGCUGCGCAAUGCCGGCAAGGCCAACCCCUGUGAUGUAGUGAUCAGUGCUCUGAGGGCCUGGCCGUAGCUGCUGGCCACCAAGGAGCUGUCUGAACGUUGCCGUCACCGCCUGAAGGUGCCUCUGCCCACAGAGCUGCUGGUCAGUGUGGUGGCCACGCUGGUGUCCCACUUUGGGCAGACUCCGAAGCGCUUCGGUUCCAGUGUGGCUGGCCACAUACCCACGGGGCUUUGGGCCCCUGAAGUGCCGGACGCAGGGUUGAUGUGGCGCGUGUCUCUGGAUGCAGUGCCUGCACUGAUGGCUCUGCCGUUCACCAUCUCGCUGGCAGAGAUGUUUGCUCGCAACCACGGCUACUCUGUGAGGGCUACAGAGCUGCUGGCCGUGGGCUGCUGCAACGUGCUGCCUUCCUUCUUCCACUGCUUCGUCACCAAGCCGCCCUCAGCCAAGAGCCUGUAAAGGACAUCCGCGUGUGGCCGCACGCAGCUGUCGGGUGUGGUCCAGUGCCGCCGUGGUGCUCUGGUGUUACUGGUGCUGGCGGCGCGCUGUUCCCGGGACCUGCCACGCAGUGUGCUGGCCUGUGUCAUCGCGGCCAGCCUGCGGGGUGCCCUGCGCAAGGUGCGAGAUGUGCCCCAACUUUGGCGUCUCAGCAGGCCGGACGCACUGGUAUGGGUGGCCACCGCGACGACUUGCGUGCUGCUCAGUACCGAGGUGGGGCUGCUAGCUGGGACGCUGCUGUCUGUGCUCAGCUUAACUACCCGCAUGCGGCGCCCACGGGCUGUCCUGCUGGCCCGUGCUGGGGGACUCAGCCUGCUACGAGGAGUGUGGCUGAGUUUCGAGGGCCUGGUGGCAGAGCCUGUGCAUGUGUUCCGCUUUGCUGGCCCACUCUACCAUGCCAACAAGGAUUUCUUCCUGCGCUCACUCUUUGAGCUCACGGGGGCUGGACACUAGGCGCAUGGCUAUGGGGAGACAGGCCAGGGUGCGCAGGGAGGGCCCAAGGUGAGGGCACAGAGCAAGCUGCAGGGCCCAGUCCUCUGCUCUGCUGCCAUCGGCCACCCAACUUUCCACACAGUGGUCAUCGACUGUGCUCCCCUGCUAUUCCUUGACGUGGCAGGAAUGGCCACGCUGCGAGAACUACGCAGAGACUACCAAGCCCUGGGCAUCACCCUGCUCCUGGCUGGCUGCAGUCCCUCGGUACGGGCUGCCCUUGACAGAGGGGGCUUCUUCGAAGAGGGCCAGGGUGCUAGUGCCAAGGAGAGACAGCUGUUCCCUAAUGUCCAUAGUGCUGUGCAGGCAGCCCACACCCACUCCAGGGGGCAGGUGCCCACACAGCCCCCGCCCUAG